AUGGUCAUGGGGGUAACUCCUUUCCACCACUCGAUCCUUGGAGUACGGCUGCCAAAGCACUUUGAUAAACCGACAGAUAUGAGGUACGAUGGUACUCAAGAUCCCCAAGAACAUCUAACGGCCUUCGAGGCCAGGAUGAACCUGGAAGGGGUAGGCGAUGAAGUAAGGUGCCGGGCUUUCCCAGUAACCUUAGCUGGGCCAGUAAUUCGUUGGUUUAAUGCCCUUCUCCAGGACUCCAUAACCACGUUUGCCGACAUCAGUCGCACCUUCUUGGCCCAGUUCACCACGCGUAUCGCUAAGGCGAAGCACCCGAUUAAUCUGCUAGGAGUGACUCAACGAACUGGUGAGCUAACCAGGAAGUACCUAGAUAGAUUCAAUGAUGAGUGCCUGGAGAUCGACGGCCUAACCGAUUCGGUGGCCAGCUUGUGCUUAACCAACGGGCUACUAAAUGAGGAUUUCAGAAAAUACCUUACCACCAAGCCCGUCUGA